AUGAAAGAGGAGAUGGCAAGGCAAAACUCCAGAGUGUUGGUGGAAUGCAGCCGUUUGAAAUUUUUUGCCGUAGUUAAAAGAGCACUGUUUUAUAGAGAUGAAUUGGUAGGCCCGGAUGAGUUAUUUCUGGGGACUGGCUGUGAGACAACUCGAGUGCGGCCAGACGAACUUGAAUUUAACUAUCCUAUUAGUCUCUGCGGAAUUGUGACACAGGUUUUCUAUGAUGGAGUUGCCUUCCAUUCCUGGCUUAUCUAUGUACCAAAGAACAAAUCUAUUUCUGCUAAACUUCAUUUGGAGUGUACAGUUCCCAGCUCCUGCACCUCACCUGAUGAGUCCAGAAACAACGCUAAAGUGAGCAAUGAUGGCUUCCUCAUAUCCCCACCUGUUCAACAGUGGCUCUUGAUACACUACAGAUACUGCAGGAGAUGUGGCUAUGCCCACUUCAGAGAACACUGGGUCCUCCCAGGAGAUCGUGUCCUUUUUGUAUCUGAAAUCAUCUUUAUGUCAAAGUUCUCAGAUCUUGAAGCUUCCAUACUUGUGGCCUGUAUCGUCUUCCAGUGA